AUGCCCUCAUAUGCCAAGUUCUUAAAGGAGAUCUUAUCCAACAAGAAAAAGAUAGUAGAAAACGAAACUGUUACACUAACUGCUGAGUGUAGCGCUAUCAUUCAAAACAACAUGCCUCCUAAACUAAAAGACCCUGGUAGCUUCUCUAUACCUUGUGUAAUUGGGAAAUUCGUAAUAGACAAAGCCUUAUGUGAUUUAGGAGCCAGUGUUAGUUUAAUGCCUUUAUCUAUUUGUGAAAAACUCAAAUUAGGUGAACUAAGACCAACAAGAAUGUCAUUACAAUUAGCUGACCGAUCUGUCAAGUUUCCCGUAGGAAUGCUUGAAAAUGUACCUGUUCGUAUAAGACAAUUCUAUAUUCCUAUUGACUUCAUAAUAAUGGACAUUAAAGAGGACUCUAAUAUCCCUAUUAUACUAGGAAGGCCAUUCUUAGCAACUGCUGGUGCCAUUAUAGAUGUGAAGAAAGGAAAGUUAACCUUCGAGGUCGGAGAAUAA